UAGCACAUAGCACACAGAUACUCCAUAAUACUGACCAGCAGAAGAGAACAAUAAGCCUUUCCCACCCGCUCUGCCGAUUGUCUCAAAACUGCGAGCCAUUUAACUCAAUCGCCGUUUCGUGGUCUAGUUUCUACCAUCAACCUGGGAAGCAACGGAAGGGAAUAACUAACUGUGUGGAAUAGACGGCGUUACCGACGACACCUUGCCUCAUAGACCUCAUCACCGCUCGGGGAAAAAGAUGUCUUCGGCUCGGAAACUUCUGUUUGGUCUGCUAGUUGUCUUCACGGCGGCGCUCGGGGUGGCCACUGCCGUCUCCCUGAAUCGACAACCAUGCCAUGACACAACCGGCUCGGGCGAGGAAAACGCGAUGGUAGAUGGCCAGAUCCUACAUGCCUAUUUCCCGGGGACUUUCAAACACGGCGUCUAUGCGUCUGAUGAGGAUGCCAUCGAAGCCGUCCGAUCCAACGAUGCGGCACUUGCAGAAUCUCUUGUUGAACUGGCAAAGCGUCAGACUCAAAAUCAGACGGAUUCGGGCGACUCUUCGACCAGUGUUGUUACGACAAUAGACGCAACGACUGUUGUCUCAACCACAAUCACGACCCCAAAGCCAUCGACAAUCACCACGGUGCAACCAACAACGACGGCAAUACCCCCGACAACGACGGCACGACGCUGGAGACCGAGACUUUGAAGGAUACAACCAGCCCUCCCACUAUCAGGACAGGGACUUCCACUUACACAUCGACUUUAUCGGGAGGCGGCGUAACUACCAUUACUUCAGUCGCAGUUGUCACC